AUGAAAUUCUUCCUGGCAACGCUCUUUGCGAGCGCAGUGAGCAGCAUUGCGGUUGACAAGCUCAUUCCUGGAGCGCAGAUCAUCCCCGAGAGCGAUACAAGGGCCUUGGAGCGUGUUGGCGGCCACCAUGCCAAGUAUCAUGAUCGUCGCACGAUAACCAUUCGACCCUCCCGGAACGAUACCGAUGAUGUAUCGAGGGACUUCCUUUGGGGUAUCAAGCAUGCCAAUCACGGGGGACGACUUCUUCUCAAGAAAGGGGAGAAGUAUGUGAUUGGUAGAAAGCUUGACCUGACAUUCUUAGAUAACAUUGAGGUGCAACUGGAUGGAGAAUUGAAGUUCACGGAUGAUGUAUCCUACUGGCAAGAAAACAAUUUCUAUUAUGAUUUCCAGAAAUCCAUAACGUUUUGGCGGUGGGGCGGAAAGGACAUCAAGAUCUUUGGAACUGGUUUGUUGAAUGGAAACGGCCAGAGAUGGUACAACGAGUUUGCAGGGCAGGAGAUCCUGAAUCCCGACAAUGACUAUUAUCGUCCAAUCCUCUUCCUCACUGAAAACGCAACCCGGGUUUCUGUGGAAGGCAUCACGCAACUGAACUCGCCUUGCUGGACCAACUUUUUCAUCCAGUCAAAAGACGUCUCAUUCGAUGACGUUUACAUUCAUGCAUUCUCUACGAAUAAAUCAGCUGAACCUAAAAAUAGCGACGGCUUCGACUCACUUAAUGUGGACGGGCUGAAGGUUACAAAUACACGGGUCGACGUUGGAGAUGAUUGCUUCUCGCCCAAGCCAAAUACCACCAACAUCUUCGUGCAAAACCUGUGGUGCAAUAACACCCAUGGGGUUAGCAUGGGCAGUAUCGGGCAGUAUCCAGGAGUAAUGGACAUCAUCGAGAACGCGUACAUUGAGAAUGUAACCUUGCUGAAUGGGCAGAAUGGUGCGCGCCUUAAGGCGUGGGCUGGCAAGGACGUGGGUUAUGGUCGAAUCAACAACAUCACGUACAAAAAUAUCCAUAUCGAGAAUACGGACGCCCCGGUAGUCCUAGAUCAAUGUUACUUCGAUAUUGAGGAAGCGGAAUGUGCCCAGUACCCCUCUCAGGUGAAUGUGACCAACAUUCUCUUCGAGAAUAUCUCGGGGACAUCAUCCGGGAAGAAUGGAAAGGUGGUGGCCGACCUUGUGUGUUCGCCAAAUGCAGUGUGCUCAGAUAUUCAACUGAAGAACAUUGAUCUGACAAGUCCUUCUGGAAGUCCACCAGAGAUUAUCUGUGAUGGCGUCCAAGGAGACAUUGGGGGUAGCGGAAAGACAACGCUUCUGGAACAUAUUCUCCAGUCAGAUCAUGGAUUUAAGAUUGCUGUCGUUGUUAAUGACAUGAGCAGUCUAAACAUAGAUGCAACCCUCAUCAAAAACCACCACGUGUCCCAAACAAAGGAAAACCUCAUUCAACUACAGAAUGGAUGUAUCUGCUGCACAUUACGUGGGGACCUGCUGGAAGAACUAGCCCGACUGACGAAGCAGGACGACGUGCAGUAUGUCGUGAUUGAAAGCACAGGGAUUAGCGAGCCAAUGCAGGUCGCAGAGACGUUCACGGCGGAGUUCAGCGCUGCCAUGCUAGAAGCAGAUGUUGCUGACGAAGAGGGGAAGAAGAUCCUCAAUCAGAUUGUUGAAUUAGGAGGUCUGCAUAAGCUAGCCAAACUUGACACGACCGUUACCGUGAUUGACGCCUUUAACCUGCUUACCAAUUUCGACACAGCGGAAUUUCUCUCUGAUCGCUAUGGCGGGGAAAUCAUUCCUGAAGACGAAAGAACCAUUUCUGAUCUGAUGGUGGAUCAGAUCGAAUUCGCGGACGUAAUUAUCAUCAACAAAAUCGAGACUGUUGACGAGAAGACUCGCGAGAGGAUCAGGUCUAUCCUAAAGCUCCUAAACCCAGAUGCCAAGGUACUUGAAACAAACUAUUCAAAGGUCGAUGUCAAUGAGAUAUUGGACACGGGAAGGUUCAACUUUCUCAAAGCGGCUUCAGGCGCCGGGUGGUUGAGGAGCUUACACGAGAUGACCAAGAGGGAAACUGGCAAUGGGGAAAGACUGGCUCCUGUUCCCGAGACUGUUGAGUACGGCAUCAACAAUUUCGUGUACAAGGCUCGCCGCCCAUUCCAUCCGCGGCGACUCUUCAGUUUAAUACAUGAUAAAUUCAUUGUCCUCCAGAAUGUUGAAACACAAGAGAAUGAUGGAAGUGAGGAAGAACAUAACGGUAGUGAAACCGAGGAAGAAGAAGAGGAAGAGAUUGAAGACGAUGAAGAUGAUGAAAUGGAAGAUUUCCCCCAGCCAGACCCCCAGGAAAUUCUUUCAAACAAACGCUCUCACCCUGUCUUCCGUCCCAUUUUACGCUCCAAAGGCUUUUUCUGGCUUGCUACUCGCCCUUACCAAUUUGGCGAAUGGAGCCAAGCCGGGGGCAUGCUCACCAUUGGGUGUGGUGGACCUUGGUUUGCCGAGGUACCAGACGAGGCAUGGCCGGAGGAUGCAGACGUGAGAAAAUCCAUUGAGGACGACUUUCAGGGGCCAUGGGGAGAUCGGCGGCAAGAGAUCGUGUUCAUUGGGGAGGGGAUUGAAACGGGUGCCAUUACAGACUUGCUAAACGAAUGCUUGUUGAACGAUAGGGAAAUGAAAACGUGGGAGAGCAUUAUGAAGAAGAAGAGAUUAUCCAGAGGUGAGAGACAGGAGAAGAUGAUGCAGACGUGGGAAGAUGGAUGGGAGGAAUGGCCUCCCUUAGAGGAGGAAGAGGAUGAGCCUGAGCAGGUAAGAGGGAAGCAUCGCAUCAGUGAGCACUUAGGGCAUGGACAUUCUCAUAAUCAUAACCACUCCCACAGAAGGGGGAUAAAAGUAUAG